UGGCGGUUGACGCCCUCUACGCUUUACUUCGUGAAGGUAAAAGAUAAUCUUGAACGUUACGUUUCCGGGACUGGUAGUGGGUGCAGCUUGUCCUCAUACUUUUGAUCAGAAGCUUCAGUCAUGGGUGCUUUUCAAAGUCUUUUCAAAAACCUAUUUGGGAAGAAGGAGAUGAGGAUAUUGAUGGUUGGCCUGGAUGCUGCUGGUAAAACAACAAUUCUAUAUAAACUCAAACUAGGUGAAAUUGUCACAACCAUUCCAACUAUUGGUUUCAAUGUGGAGACUGUGGAGUAUAAGAACAUCAGCUUUACAGUGUGGGAUGUCGGCGGUCAGGAUAAGAUCAGACCAUUAUGGCGUCACUACUUCCAAAAUACACAAGGUCUCAUAUUUGUAAUAGAUAGCAAUGACAGAGAAAGAAUGGUUGAAGCAAAAGAUGAACUCCAUAGAAUGCUUAAUGAAGAUGAACUACGAGAUGCAGUCCUCUUAGUAUUCGCGAACAAACAGGAUUUGCCAAACGCAGCCAAUGCAUCUGAAAUCACAGAAAACCUGGGCUUGAAGUCAUUGCAUAAUCGGAAAUGGUUCAUCCAGUCGACUUGCGCCACAUCUGGAGAUGGUCUCUAUGAAGGUCUUGAUUGGUUGUCCAGAGAAUUAAAGAAUUAAUGAGAGCUUUUGCUUCCUAUAGGGUGGAUUUCAGUCAAAUAAGUUGUACAAUUGACAUAGCUAAUGACUCUUUGCCCGCUUUGUUAGACUAGGGUAACAUACAGCAGACUGCCAAGUUCAACUCAAGUCACAUUCUAUUCACAAUACACACAGGGUGCAUUAAGUCUAUUGCUCAUACACAUGUACACAAUAGUGAUGUGUGCAUGGCAUUGUAUUGUGUACACACCAAGCUUUUCUUUACAAUAAACCAAUCAAAAGCUAUUUUAUGCUGAAUUGGCAUAGUCCAUGCAAACCCCUCUUCAGGUUGCACCUUGAAUUUAAUGUGGCACAGGAGUGAUUCUGUCCAUGGCGGGCAAAGAGUUGAAUAUGAAGAAUGUUUCCAGAAGUCACAUCUUAAAGCUGAUUUAGUUUAACUUAAAGGAAAACCCUCCGAUAUUUGCUCAUUUAUUGAAGCUUUCAUUUAAAAUGUAUUUUUAUCAGAAUUUUCUGAGACUGUCGAUGAUCUGUCAUAUAUUCACUUUUCUGCAGUUUAUGUGGAAACCAAUUUGAUAUUAGAGUGACUUAUAUUUAAGGCAGUUUGGGUAGCGAAAAAGAAGAGUGGCACAAGACUGAGAAGAUGCUUAGUGUCCAAAACUAGAACAUCCAUAAUCAAGAUCAGAUUUGUUAGAAAUCAAUAUCUUGACCAUGUGACCUGGCUUAAUCACAUUUCUUAUGAUUUACAUAUAUCUGUUUCUUUUCAGGCAUUCAAAAUGGAUAACUUUCCAAAGUGCUUUAAAUGUAUAUUGUUGAUUAUUGUAAAUUUUUAUUAUCAAAUUAUUAAGCUUCAUGCUAAAAAUUAAUCCAUCCUAGUGAUGUAAUAGUACCUAACAAGACAUAUUUUGUAUGAUUGUGAUAUAAGUGAUGGCAGUUACAAUUUUCGUCAAAUGUCCUGCACUACGUGCUUGCAAAUACAACAAAAAAAAAAAUCAGGAAAACACUGGAAAUAUGCAGUUGGGGAAAUCAGUAAAGUGUAUUAUUUUAUGGAGAUAAAAUUUCAUGUAAUAAAGGCAUAUUUCCAGGUUGGGUGUAUAAAUUGCUAUUUUUGUUGUCAUUUUUAUACUUUUUUAAAUCAGGCUUAUUACAAAUUGACCUAAAAUUUAUAUCAUGUGGAAAAUUUUAACCUCAUCUAAAGGACAAGUCCAUGCCAACAAAAAUUUAACUUGAAUAAAAAAUAAAAAAAAACGAAUGUAAAAUAAGAAGGUUAUGACAUUCUGAAGUUUCACUUAAUUUCACAAAACAGUUGUAUGUACUUCCUAGUGAGUUUGCAAAUGAGGUCACUGAUGAAAUCACCCACUCACUAUUUCUUUUGUUUUUUAUUACAUGAAAUUUUCCAAUUUUUUCCACAUUACUGUGUGAAAUAAAGUUUCUUUCCUCCCUGAACAUGUCGAAUUGCCAUUGUUUUAACGUUUAAUGGUUCAGUCAAAUUGGUCAUUACUGUCAAACUUGUAAAAAUUGAAAUAUUGUAUAAUUCACACCAUAAACAAAAAUAAUGAGUAAGGGACAUCAUUGACUCCUAUAUGCACAUCACAGAGUUGUGCAUGAAACUGUUUAGUGAAAAAUAGGCGAAAGUUUUAUAGAAUGUCAUAACUUUCUUAAUUUAUAUCUGAUUUUAAAGAAAUUUUCAGCUGUACAUGUGGUUGUUUGAUUUUCCUUUAUUGAUUCAAAUAAAAAAAUUUAUGGGAUGGACUUGACCUUUGUUACAUUUAUACAAAAAAGUUACUCUACCUAGUGAGUAGCAGAAAAUUUACUUCCCGAAAAGGUCUUAUAAAUUCUUAUAAGCGUCAUUCAUGAAAUGUGAAGUUAAAUGUAGUAUAUAAAAGUGUUUUAUCCCCAAUCUUUUUAAAUCAUUUUCAUGUGGACUGCGUUCAUGUAUGAAUGAACAGGAGACAUUGUUUGAAGACAAUGCAAAUUUGUUUAUUUUAUUUUCAUAUUGUACAGCCCCAACACCAGUGAGAAUUCUGACAUCUCAUGUAGCCCUUAACCUGUUGGAGAUUGGAUGAUUUGACUAUAACACAUGUUUCCAUAGACUCCAGCCUGCAUAUAGGCAGGCUUAGUCUCCAGCGGGUUAAGAUUGAUACUAAUUGUUUGUAAUCAAGUAUAAUCUAGUCAAAUUUUGCCAUGUUGACUCAUCAUUAUAUUGAUAUGGUGAGAUAUGUUACCUUGCCAUGUCGACAUAUAAAAAGUUGUAUGCCGCCAUGGUGAGAUAUGUAUCCCGCCAAGUAGACUUAUAAAAAGUUUUAUGUCAAUGUGGUGAGAUACAUUAUCUUGCCAGAUUGACUUAUAAAAAACUUGUAUGUUGUCAUGAUGAGGUAGGUGGUAGAGAGAAACAAUGUAACGCACUAUAACUUUUUAUAAGUCGACUUGGCAAGAUCACACAUUUCACCAUGUCAACAUAAAAACACUAUUAUUUAAGUCAACUUUGCAGCAACUUUAAAGUGCUAUUGUUGUAAUCUUUUUUUUGCUAAUAUUUCAAAUCUAGUGCUAUCUUUUGUCUUGAUUCAUUGUAAUGAUUCAUAUUAUCUCUGCUUUUUUCUGUUUGUUCAAUUGUGCAUUGUAGUUUUUUUUUAAUGAACAAAGUUUAAUUGAAAAUAUAUGUACAUAUCUAUAUUUA